AUGCCUCGUGAGAUCAUCACCAUUCAGGCCGGCCAGUGCGGCAACCAGGUUGGCAGCGAGUUCUGGCGGCAGCUCUGCCUCGAACACGGCAUCCGCCUUGACGGCGUCGUGGAGCCGUACGCCGUUGGUGGUGAGGAUCGCAAGGAUGUCUUUUUCUACCAGGCGGAUGACGAUCACUACGUCCCGCGUGCGUUACUCGUGGACCUCGAGCCGCGCGUGAUCAACGCGGUACAGCGCGGCUCGAUGCAGAAGCUCUUCAACACCGAGAACAUCUUCAUUCACAAGGAAGGCGGUGGCGCCGGCAACAACUGGUCUCAUGGCUACGAGCUUGGCGACCAGGUGCAGGAGACACUCUUUGACAUGAUCGAGCGAGAGGCCGAGAACAGCGACAGCCUCGAAGGAUUUGUUCUCACGCACUCCAUUGCGGGUGGUACGGGUAGCGGCAUGGGCAGCUAUCUUCUCGAGAACUUGAAUGACAAGUUCCCCAAGAAGCUCAUCCAGACGUACAGCGUCUUUCCGAACCAGUCUCGUGGUGGCGAGAGCGACGUGAUUGUCCAGCCGUACAACAGCCUGCUGGCUGUGAAACGACUGACACUGCACGCCGACUGCGUCGUCGUCCUCGACAACACUGCACUGAACCGAAUCGUCACCGACAACCUCCACAUCGCCUCCCCCACGGUGGAGCAGAUGAACGGCCUCGUCAGCACCGUCAUGGCCGCCUCGACGGCAACACUGCGCUACCCAGGGUACAUGAAUAACGAUUUGAUGAGCAUGCUAGCCUCGCUCAUCCCUACGCCUCGGUGCCACUUUGUUUGCACCGGUUACACCCCCACCACGCUCGACACCUCGAACAUUCAGUCCUCGGUGCGCAAGACGUCUGUGCACGACGUGAUGCGCCGACUGCUGAUGCCAAAGAACAUGAUGGUGUCGACAUCCAUGAAGAGCGGCUGCUACAUCUCUCUCCUGAACCUCAUCCAGGGCGACGUCGACCCAGCGCAGGUGCACCGCUCCCUCGAGCGUAUUCGCGAGCGGUCACCGACGUUCAUUCCGUGGGGACCGGCCUCCAUUCAGGUCAUUCUGUCAAAGAAAUCGCCAUACGUAGACACGCGGCACCGGGUAAGCGGCCUCGUGAUGGCAAACCACACGAGCAUCCACACCCUCUUUCACCGCACGCUGAAGCAGUUUGACAUGCUCUUCGGCCGCGGCGUCUUCCUCGACCAGUACCGUAAGUACGGACCAACCAAGGACAGCCUGGAUGAGUUCAGCGACGCGAGAGACGUUGUGGAGAGCUUGGUGGCGGAAUACAAGGCGUGUGAGAGCUCCGACUACAUCCGAAACUUUUGA